AUGACAAGUGGGCCUGAUAACCAAGGUUUAGAAGAUGAAAACCUACGAAUCAAGAGGGCGAGAAUAGAACCGAUAGAGCAUAACGGUGAUGAGGAUGAGAGCUGCUUAUCAAGCAUAGAUAAUGGGGUAGCAGAAAACCGUGAAGAAGACUCAGAAGCAGCAGUUGAAGUUGUCGGAGAAAGAUUUUUCGAUAAUGUUUCCGAGGACGAUGACACAUCUCUGUUCAGGGCACUCGAAGAAGGCUCUGGUAACAGUACUGCAAGCGCCGCUCCGGACAUUACCACCAGGAAUGAUGGGAGAACAGCAGAUAACGGGGGAUCGGAUGCGAACGGCAAUAAUGCUGCCACAACACACGAUGGGGAGGCGCAUACAGUAGAAGUUCCUUCACAAACAGCAGACCCUUCAAGUGCUUCUCUCAUCUCUCAAGAAAUACCACCAUUAAUAAAAUCUGCUACAAAUAUCAAGGGACGAACUGUCGACUUGACUGCAGAAGCCAUAGACUUAGACGCCGAAGAGCAGCAAGUGUUGGAAAUAUCAGAUGAGGAUUUUCAAGACGAAAACAAAACGCCUCCCAAGGAAUAUGGUGCGGCCAAGGACUAUCGGUGCCCGAUUUGCUUCGAUCCGCCAGAGACUGCUCUCAUGACCUUAUGUGGCCAUGUAUUUUGUUGUUCAUGCCUUUUUCAAAUGGUUAACAGUUCCAGAACCUGCAGGCAGUUCGGCCACUGUGCACUUUGCAGAAGUAAAGUGUAUUUGAAAGACGUAAGGAUGAUAAUACUAAGGAAAAAACAAGUCAAGAAGAAAGCGAAAAGCUAG